AUGACCUCACUGCAUCAGUUCUCGGUAGAAUCCUUGAUUCAACAGCCAAAAGAGCCAUCACCUCAGCAAAACCUUCUACAACUAUGGGCACUAUGUUUAGCUGCUAAGUCAGCCAACCUACUACAACGACAGUCUACAGAAUCUACAGAAACUUCGUGUUCAUCAGAAGACUCCAAAGACAAACAAAGGUUAUUCGUGUGUAAAGAAUGUGGAAAGACUUUCACAGCUCAUUACAAUCUGACACGGCAUCUACCUGUUCAUACUGGGGCAAGACCCUUCGUUUGUAAGGUAGGUUUGGUAAUUCUAGAAGAUUAUACAAUAAGCGUAGUGUUGUAUAUCUUUUUAUUGUUUUAUUAUUAUAUUUUUUAUUUAUGUUUUUUUGCACGAGUUUUUUAGUUUUAGCUCGAUUUUCUCAAGUUUCAAACCUCGAAACCUUUUAAAUUUUAAAACUUGGUUUUUUAAAAGUUUUUAUUACCUAAAAAAUCAAUUUGUAGGUAUGCGGUAAAGCCUUUCGCCAAGCCUCAACUUUGUGCCGGCAUAAGAUCAUUCACACUGAAGAAAAACCUCACCAGGUAUGUUAAUAUAGGACUUGUUGACUCUAAAGAUUACAAUUUAAUUUCUCAACUUCCAUCUAGCCACAACUUCAAUUUUAAAUAAUUCCAGAAAUACGUUUUCGUCCAUAUUUUCUUAAAAUCACUGUGUUAUCUUUUUAAAAUCACACUAUAUUCUUAUAAUAAACAUCCCCUUAUCAUCAUCCAACAACAUAAUGUCAUUAACGCUAAUCUGGUUUCAGUGUAACAUCUGUGGAAAGUGUUUCAAUCGGUCCUCAACUCUCAACACACACAUCCGCAUUCAUUCAGGUAAAUACUCUUGUUAUUUGCCACUUUAAAGCCCAAUUUAAACCGGAAGGAUGGGGAUUAAGCUGUCUUAAAGUUAUAUUUUUGUGUGUGACAAACUCAAAGAUCCAUGAGCUGGUCCACUAGGGGCCUGUCGCAGCCGGAGGCGAUUUAUGGUUCUAUGAAUGUAAUACUUUAGACGUAAUAAGGGGAAAGGGCACAAAGUGCGACAGUUUUGAGGAUUUAAAAGUAAACGAAUAAGAUAUACUACAGUAUUUGGCAGUUUCUUAGCCAUAAAAUUAAAAACCAUAUUUUACAAUUCAAAUAAAUAAAUUUCAAUUUCCAGGUUUCAAACCCUACGUUUGUGAAUUCUGUGGCAAAGGAUUCCACCAGAAUGGUAACUACAAGAAUCACAAACUGACACAUUCCAAUGAGAAACGAUUCAAAUGUGAGGUAUGUCAGAAGGCAUUCCACCACUCGUACAAUCUUUCCUUCCAUAUGCACAUUCACAACCAGACCAAGCCAUAUCAAUGUUCUCUAUGUUCGAAAGGAUUCUGCAGGAACUUCGACCUCAAGAAACACAUGCGCAAGAUCCACCAAGUCGAACCCAACAGUACAAAAUGA